GCCUGGGCGAGUCAAAAGGAGCUAGGGCAUGGCUGGCCGGCGUAGCAAAAUCGUAGCAGGCGUCGUCGCCGCUUCCACGCUAAAGGCCCUGAUUCCUGUUCCAAAUCGACAGCAGCAUGUCACCGAGGAGAACUCUGAUCUGCAGAAUAAAAGAAAAUAAGAAUAAGAAGGCUUAAAAUAAAAGGAAAAUAAUAAGGCGUGCGAAAUCAGGAGCUAGGCCAUGGCUGGCCGGCGUAAUCGUAGCCGCCGCCGCCGUCGCCGCCUCCGUGCUAAUCUGGGUUCGGGGCACUCCGAAUCCUCUUCCGGUUCGUCCUCCUACGAUCGGGCCGCCCAUUGCAAAACCUCUCUUCCGAAUCGGCAGCAGCAGGUCACCAAGGAGACGAAGUCUGAUCUACGGAGGACGACACGAGAUGCUCGAGCCGUGCGUCCGUUCCUGCUGGGUCUCAUCCGCGGCUACUACAUCGACGCCAUCUCCCGGCUGCCCGCCGCCGAGCUCCGGACCACCCUCGCGCGUGGCCUCCUUCUCGGUGGGCACUGCUACGGUCCACUCCACCCCGUCCACAACAUCAUCCUCAAUUCCGUCUGGUACGCCGCCGCCUUCCCCUUCCGCGCCGACCCCAUCGAUGUCGACUUCGUCAGCACCGAGGGUAUAAGCCGCCUGUCCCACCGGUCCCUCGAUGGAUUGGUCGCCUACCUCUGCCACCAGUGCCCUGAUCUUUCCCACGACGACGCCCUCUGGCACCUCGCCCUCUCCCUUGCCGCCCUCCAUGGCGCCUCCGCCUCCGCACGCGGGGCAGUGCCGAUCGGCCGCACGGGAUUGGAAGCCGUUCCGUUCCAGGUGGCUGCCCAGGCGGCGCGGCACCCAACACCUUCCGCCCUCACGAGCUUCGUCACCUCGGUGCUGCCACCUGUGGAGCGCGAUGUGCUCUCGCUGCUUGCUGCAGGCCGGCGUAGGCUCUCCUCGCAUGACAUCCUGCGCCUCUCCGCCAUGCUUCAGCCUCUCCCGCUGCCAGAUGCACUGCCGCAGCAGCCAUGUUCUCGAGAGCUGACCAUAAGAAUCGGCCGAAUCAUCGCCGAGAGGAGGAGGUGCUGUAGGAUCGCCUACCAAAUGUUUAUCGACAUUGCAGAUGCGGCACUGCGCAAGUUUGCUCGUCAAACUGGGGCACGAUACCGCCUUCAUAUUAUCUAUGGCCAAAGCAUCGUGGAGGCUGGGGAUUGCUGUGGCAUGGACCAAUAUUUUCACAUCAAUUUCAUGGCCUGGCCAAAGGGCAAACAAACCCAAAGCCAGAUUCCAGUUUGCUUCUUUGCUGAAGCUCAUAAUCCAGCAACCAGAAACUGUUCUGAAGAAGCCAUCACCUCCUGCUGCAUGCUUGGAUGCGCACAACCAUCAAAUCAUGUUGAACAAACACGAUGGUUCUGCAAAGGAAAAAAAACCAAUAACAGGUUUAGGCUGAUUGAUAUGCAGCAGUGUUUGCCUUGUAUGUUGAGCAAAAGAUUUUGGGAUCUACACGAUAAUUGUUAUGCUUGUGCGAGGAUCAAGAGAAAAAUUGAUCAUCCAAAUGGUGAGGAGCACUUCGGAGGGCAUCCACACAAGACAGAUGAAACUGAGGAUGACCGUGAUUGCCCAACCACCAUUGACGUGGACUACAGGUUUUUCGAUCCUGACAGAGACAUUGACCUUGUGAAGUGGUAUGCUGAUAAGAUAGAUCGUGCUGAAGCUAUUUAUUCCAAGCUGGGCUUGAAAAACGGGAACACAAAUGAUGAAGAUAUAGCCGAGGAAGAUAUUGAAGUUUAUUGCAGGCGAUAUGCCUGAUGGGUAAAUGAAGAUGAAUUAGGGACCACGCCAUGAGUUUCCAAACUUGGCAGCGGCAUAGUCAGACUGGGUGAAGAGAUUUGAUCUUUUAUACUAGUACUAGUAUAUAUAGUUGGCAUACAACAUUGAUUAAUUAAAUUUACUUAAUUUUGGAAUUGUGGUAUCCAAAAUAUUUAAAUGAGACUUCCAUUAAUGUACAAGAACGUUCGAACGAUAUCAAAUUAAUCAAAAGUUAUAUAGAUGGCA